AACCGUUCGCGAUCUCAGUCUUUUUGCUUCGGGCCCGCAGUCGGUGUAAUGUUUUGAGGUCUCUGAUCGCAUUAUUCAUCCAUCGUAAUCCCAGGUGUUUCGAAUAAAGUGUCAAGAUGGUGCGCAUGAACGUAUUGAGCGAUGCUCUUAAGUCAAUAAACAACGCCGAAAAGCGAGGUAAACGCCAAGUCCUCAUUAGGCCGUGUUCAAAAGUCAUCAUCAAGUUCUUGAAAGUCAUGAUGAGUCACGGUUACAUUGGCGAAUUUGAAAUUGUCGAUGAUCACAGGGCUGGCAAAGUUGUAGUUAACUUAACUGGUCGUCUUAAUAAGUGUGGUGUCAUUUCUCCAAGAUUUGAUGUACCAAUUAGAAAUAUUGAAAAAUGGACUAAUCAGCUACUUCCAUCCAGACAGUUCGGAUUUGUAGUACUGACCACCAGUGGCGGUAUUAUGGAUCACGAAGAAGCCAGACGGAAACAUUUAGGAGGCAAAAUCUUAGGAUUUUUCUUUUAAAUUGUACGUUUUAAAUUUAAUUUUUAUGACUAAUAAAAAAAAAUGUACCAUUACAAAACUAUUUUUUUUUUAUUGUUGAUAAAAACAAUGUGUUUGGUUCACUUUGAAUUUGGUACAUUAUUGGAAAUUAAUUAAUUCAGAAUCAUUAUAUUUAUGUCUUAACCUGUAAGUCAUAAUGAUAAAAAGUGUCAUCAGGUAUUCUUAUUGAUGUAUUUACUAUUUUGUAUUAAAAGGUAUCAAACAAGUUUGUUUUUAACUAA